UCGGUUGUUACGUUAAGGCGUAAACACCGGGUUUUUCCAACGUAGGGUACGAUAUCGCGUAGUUAAUAUUUCGACGGAGUGCAAAGCGUUUUGCAGGACUUGGUGCAGGAUGAUAACGCUAGCGCAGACGAAGGAGACGUUCCGCCUGGCCGAGGCGGUGUGCUUUGAUGUGGACAGCACAGUGAUCCGGGAGGAGGGCAUCGAUGAGCUCGCCAAGUUCUGCGGGGUUGGAGAUGCUGUCACUGAAAUGACUCGCAAGGCCAUGGGAGGAUCAGUAACAUUCAAAACAGCUCUGACAGAGCGCCUGUCCAUUAUCAGGUGUUCACGGGAGCAAGUUAACAAACUGAUAACGGACCACCCUCCUCAGCUGACUCCAGGUAUUAAGGAACUUGUGGAGAGGCUACAUCAGCGCAGUGUGAAGGUCUUCCUCAUUUCUGGAGGCUUUCGCUGCAUUGUGGAGCAUGUAGCCACUCAGCUUGGCAUUCCUCUUGACCAUGUCUAUGCCAACCGCUUGAAAUUUUACUUCAAUGGAGAAUAUGCAGGGUUUGAUGAGACUCAGCCCACAGCAGAAUCAGGAGGCAAAGGCAAAGUGAUAAGUCUGCUGAAGGAGAAGUAUGGCUUCAAAAAAAUAGUAAUGAUUGGAGAUGGUGCCACUGACCUAGAAGCCUGCCCUCCUGCUAGUGGUUUCAUUGGAUUCGGUGGCAAUGUGGUGCGACAGCAAGUAAAAGAGAAGUCUUCUUGGUACGUGACAAGUUUCGGAGAGCUGCUAAAAGAGCUUGAGAAGAUUUAGUGUUUUUUUGCAACCUUUUGUCUCACCAUUGCCUUGUUUGGAGCCUUUGUGCUGACUUUACAUAUUGCACAGAUUUACUUACUUGCACAGAUUUCUAAUUUUAAUGUUUGGAUUUUAACAUUCCAUUGUAUGAAACAUUUUAAUACACUAAAGUGUUUACAAGUUGUACAACCCCUGGCAAAAUUUAUGGAAUCACCACUCUUAGAAGAUGCUCACCUGGCAUUCUUACUUUGUAUCCAAUCACAUAUGACACAACUAUUUUUUUUUUGUUUAAUAGCUGAGUAUUCUGCCUUCCUGAAACAUACCUCAAACAAAUUAAAUUAAAUUGUAAA